UUAAUCUUCAGUAAACUUAACGUUAAAUAUUUCCUAAAAUGGGUAGUAUAAUUGUUUUACUUUCUGGAUUCAUAAUCGUCAAUUCAGUUCAAAUCAAUUACAUUCUAGUUCCUCAAGCAGUUCAGAACAACAGUCAUCAACCAAUAAUUAUUGAUUGUAAUUAUUCAUUGAGACCAGAUGGUACAGAUUUGGUGUUGCAAUGGUAUCUAAAUGAACAGAAAAUUUACCAUUGGGUCCCACCGAACAAACCUCAAGCUUUGGGACUGUUGAAAGAUAGGCUGGAUUUAAAUUUUGAAGCAAGUGUUGAUGUAUUAUCCCGAUACAGAGCAUUAAAAAUUGAAAAUCCAACGGUAGAUUUGGCUGGCGAAUAUAAAUGUUAUGUUUCAACAUCUAUAGAUGAAGAUUUUGCCACAAGAAAAUUAAUUGUUUUUGAACCAGAAAAAUUAUUUUUCUUAAAUCAUAGUUACGAAGAUGCAAAAACAGUAAAUUUUACUUGUGUUGUCGCUGACAUUUACCCUGAACCAUCAAUGAUAAUAUACACUAACAAAAAGGAGAAAAGACUGGAUAGAAUCCUUCAACCUAUUCAGUGGGGUACUUCUAAAGAGCAAAACGGACGCUAUACAAUGACAUUAACUGCAUCUACAUUUAUAGAAACAUUGGAUGCUGGGUCAGUUAUUAGUUGUGAAUUAAGAAUCCCUGGUACCAGUUACUCAAAAAGAAAAACACUUUUGUACUAUCCUCUAGAAAUGAGAAGUUGGAACAGGGGCCCAAUUGUUGGAGGUUCAUACCUUCAUGUGUCCAUUCUCCUUAUUUGUCAAGGAUCUAUAAUUUUCCUCUAA